GUAUCUCCGACUCUCAUUUCUAGAGGAGACUCUCAGUCUGCGGCGACCUUUGCCGUCCUGCUCGGUUUGUUAUACUAAAACAGAAGAAGCGGUUCGGUUCUGUCCCGGUUCUACGGGUUCUCCUCCAGCUCGGUCCGCUCCUGCUUCUCACCACAGCUGAGAGGAUUUAAUUUGUUUACGGCAGCCUGAAGAUGGGUCCAGUCCCUGCGAUUUCUGUCCUGGUGCUGGGCAUCGUGGUUCCAGCUUUGGCCGGAUAUGUGGAGGCGUUAGCUGCCAACGCCGGCACCGGGUUUGCCGUGGCGGAGCCACAAGUGGCCAUGUUCUGUGGAAAACUAAACAUGCACGUCAACAUUCAAACCGGCCACUGGGAACCUGACCCCUCUGGGACCCAAAGCUGUGUAGGAACCAAAGAGGGAGUGCUGCAGUACUGUCAGGAGAUGUAUCCAGAUCUCCGAAUCACAAAUGUGGUGGAAGCUGACCAUCCAAUCCACAUUGAGAACUGGUGCAAGAAGGAGAGGAAAGUGUGCAAAGGCCACGCCCAUAUUGUGGUACCAUACAAGUGCUUAGUGGGAGAAUUUGUGAGUGACAUCCUCCUGGUUCCAGAGAAGUGCAAGUUCUUCCACAAAGAGCGUAUGGACAUGUGCGUCACCCACCAGCAGUGGCACAACGUGGCCAAAGAGGCCUGCUCCAGGAGCUCCAUGGUGCUGCACAGCUACGGCAUGCUGUUGCCCUGCGAAGUUGACAAGUUUCACGGCACCGAGUAUGUGUGCUGUCCCGCCUCCCGCUCCGCCGAGUCCACCCCGACCUCCAUGACCCCACAGGAGGACAUUGUAGAGGAGCAGGUGGAGGAUGAAGACAUUGACCUGGAUGAAGAUGAUGCUGCAGAGGCCAGUGAGACACCAGCUGACGAGCAUCCAACUCAGAUGGAGGAGGAGCCAGGAGACGAAGGUGAUGAGGAGGAGGAAGAUGAGGAAGAGUACCACUACGUGUAUGAGGAUGAGGAGACGGAUCAGGAUGAGGAUGAGAAGAAACAGAGCAACAAAAUGUCAGAGAAGAUGGAUGAGGAUAAGAUUUUAGAAGAAGUGAAAGCCGUGUGCACCCUGGAGGCCGAAACGGGCCCCUGUCGUGCUUCCAUGCACCGCUGGCACUUCGACGCCAGCCAGAGGAAGUGCGUGCGCUUCAUAUACGGGGGCUGUGCCGGAAACCGCAACAAUUUCGACUCCGAGGAGUACUGCAUGGCUGUGUGCAAACGUCUGACUCUUCCUCCGACCCCCCAGCCCACCGACGAUGUGGACCUCUACUUUGAGACUCCUGCUGACGACAAGGAGCACAGCCGCUUCCAAAGAGCCAAGGAGCAGCUGGAGAUCCGGCACCGGAACCGCAUGGAGCGGGUACGAAAAGAGUGGGAGGAGGCUGAUCGUCAGGCGAAGAACCUGCCGAAGGCUGAGAGACAGACGCUGAUCCAGCACUUCCAAGCGAUGGUGGAGUCCCUGGAGGAGGAGGCAGCCAGCGAGAAGCAGCAGCUGGUGGAGACUCACCUGGCCCGCGUGGAGGCCAUGCUGAACGAUCGACGCCGCCUGGCCCUGGAGAAUUACCUGGCUGCCCUUCAGGCCGACCCUCCCAGGCCUCAUCGCAUCCUUCAGGCCUUGAGACGAUACGUCCGUGCCGAGAACAAGGACCGCCAGCACACCAUUCGCCACUACCAGCACGUUCUGGCUGUGGAUCCUGAAAAAGCUGCACAGAUGAAGUCACAGGUGAUGACCCACCUGCGGGUGAUCGAGGAGAGGAUGAACCAGAGCCUGUCCCUGCUCUACAAAGUACCAUAUGUGGCCGAAGAGAUUCAGGAUGAAAUCGAUGAGCUGCUCCAGGAGCAGAAAGCUGACAUGGACCAGUUCCUGUCGUCCAUCUCCGAAUCGCAGCCAGAUGUUACCGUGUCAUCAGAGGAGAGCAUGGAGGUCCCCGUGUCUGAGGGUAAACCCUACCGGCCCAUCCAGGUCACGUCGUUGGGAUCCCACUCAGAGCCAGAGGGCGAUCUAUCAGACUCCCCACGAGCCUUCAAGAAAGGCUCCGCCAUGGCUGGACUGGACGGGCUGAUCGGCGCCGAGGAGAGGAUCAUCAACAGCAAACCCAAAAUGGGGGACAACAAUGUGGUGAUUGAUGAGUCCCUGGAUGUUAAAGAAGUGGUUUACAGUGCAGAAAGAGUCAGCAUUAUGCAUGAUGAUGAGCUGGAGUCCUACCGGCCCCUGGGAGAGGACUUCAGCUUCAGCAGCACUGCCCUGAUCGGCCUGCUGGUGAUCACGGUGGCCAUAGCAACUGUGAUUGUAAUCAGCCUGGUUCUUUUGAGGAAAAGGCAAUACGGCACCAUCAGUCAUGGCAUCGUGGAGGUGGACCCCAUGCUGACACCAGAGGAGCGACACCUCAACAAAAUGCAGAACCACGGCUACGAGAACCCCACCUACAAAUACCUGGAGCAGAUGCAGAUCUAAGAAAAGCCUGGCGGGGCGCUGUGGAGUCUGACAGAGGACAGAAACCCAGUGGGUUACAUACUACUGACCAAUAACACAUGAUGUUAAAUCAUUUAUGAUCCAAACUCCAUUUAUCGGUUUGCUGACAACAAUCCUUGAGUAAAGCUACUACUUCUACUACUGCUACUGUUGUACUAUAGAGCUCUUUUUGAUCAUGUUUCUUUAGAACAGCUGACGCGUCUGUCAGUUCUCAUCUGUAAUUAUCAAUACAGCUCGAGAUGUAUAACAUUUCUUCAGAUGUUUUUAUUAUGUGAAAGGCAAUUCAAAUUGUUUAUGAGUAAACAAACUGAUACCACACCUCUGUUUUCCAUCGUGUGUGUGUGUGUGUGUGUGUGUGUGUGUGUGUGUGUGUGUGUGUGUGUGUGUGUGUGUGCGUGUGCGUGUGCGUGUGUGUGUGUGUGUUUUAAUCAUUCGUUUCCUGAUGAGACUGAUAAAAAAAUUGGUGUUUUAGUUUGUUCUUUUUAAUCUCAAUAAAUUGCUUGUAUAUUAAGAUUCUUUGUACUGAUUAAAAUGUUUAGUGAAGAAAAAAAGCAAAUGAAAAAAUCAUGUUUUCUUUGUUUAACAAAUAUGAGAUCUGAAUAUAAAUAUGUAAGAUUAGAGGUUUUUAUUCUGCUUUUUACUUUUUUCCCCCAGAGAAGAGGUUAUGAGUUGGUUUUAGGGUUUACAGUUUGGUGGAUUCUGCAGACAGGUGCAGGUGUGCACAGACCCUCAGCUCAAAUACAUCCUGAAAAUUGUAUUCAGAUUCAAUGGAAUGGAUUUUUUCCCCCAUCAAACACAAAAUUAUUUCAGAUGAAUGUUGGAAAAGUUUGUUUUAUUCAUAGUAAACGAAAGAUCCUGUCGAGUCUUUGAUUUUAUGUUUGUUUUAUUUAAUUUCCUUUGCAGAAAUUAUCCAAAUUAAAAUCCUAAAGUGGAUCUAAAACCCAUUUUGAGAGGAUUUGCACCCUUAAUGCAGUUGGAUUGCUGGUGUUCAGCAGUGACGGAUAAGAACAGGGCUGGCCAAGAUGCACAUAAUUUCCCCACGCUCCCAAAUGAACGGAGAGCGCUGAGCUGAGCAGAAAGUCCUGAGCAGCGGGCAGAGUUUUAGUCAUUUCUGACUGAUUUUUGAAAUUUUGCAACCCGAGAACACUGGGCCAGCCCUGAUUUAAGGCUGCUUACUGGAGCUGGAGGGCUGUGCAAGCAGGAAGAGAUGCACAGAAGGACAACGUUUGGAGAAAAAUUAUGCAAAAAGCCAAUUUGUGAGUUUCUACGGGUAGAGAACGACACAAACGAGUGAAUCCUAAUCCUGUUUUCUCUCUAUCUUAGUAUCGUCUUCAUAUGCCUGUAUAGUUGGUGUUGCAAUCAUGGCAUUUUUCCGGAGGACGUUCUGUGGUGUGCAUUGUUCUAUGAAAUUCUAUGAAAUAUAUUUUUAAUUUCUUUAUUUUUCCUCUUCCUGUGACAGUAUAUCUGUAUGUGACUGUCUCACUAUGCACCCAAACAGCUUCGAUCUUGUAACUGCCUGCUUGAAUGUGGAAGAGGACCAGGGGCAUAUUGGUGAUUUUUGAAAAAAAUUGAUUAACAUCACUGGAAACAGAUUUAUGGCUGCAAGAGGAUACACAUCAAUAAACUCACAACAAACAAA